AUGAGUUCGAAGUUGGUGUUGGUGUUGGCAGUCGUGGCUUUGACCCAUGCCGAUCCCUCGGCCGUCGAUGUCCUCCACGACAUCUACAACACGUGUCUCAAAGACUUUUCCGUUUCCUGUGCCAAACCCAAAGCUCUAGCGUGGAUGAGUUACGUCGCGGAUAAGCCCGAGAUCAAAGUAACUGAAGAUUUGGUGAUUGUGAAGAAGAAAAGUUUGGAGGAAGAAAGAGGAGCUCCUGAGGAUAUUUUCGACAAGUUUGAAGAUUUCUUGCAGAGUCAUGAUGUGGUCGCGAAGGUACCACAAGUGUUGCAACCGGGAGGGUUCCUAGGAGGGUUGGUACCGAGGAGUUUGCAACCGGAAGAAGUCAAAGUACCGCUCGCAGUCACCGGACGUUCAAAAAUCGUCAAAAAAGUCAUUGUCCCAUUCCUUUUGGGACUCAAAUUCAAGACUGCAGUUCUUGUCCCUCUGGCUUUAGCUUUGAUCGCUUUGAAAACAUGGAAAGCACUCACUUUGGGGCUUUUGUCACUGGUUUUGACCGGAGCUUUGCUCAUUUUCAAACUCUCAAAACCUAAGAUAAAUUACGAAGUUGUACAUUUCCCGCAUCAUCAUGAUCAUCAUGUUGAUCAUAUUGUUGAUCACCAUGAACAUCACCUUGAUCACCCACCUGCGGCAGGAUGGGACCAUCCAGGAUACGGAAGGGAGUUGAGUGCUCAAGAAAUGGCCUACAAUGCCUACUUGUAAAAAGAAAACCACCGAUUUGUUAUUUAUUGAUUAUUUAAUAAAUUAUUUUUGUUGUA